AUGGUAUUUAUCCGUUCCCUUUCCCACCUUCGACGGCCUGCCGCCCAAUUUAUAUCUGGCUCUCUUAAGCCAGCUCCCAUUGGGUCCUUCGCCAGGACUCCAGUGGCUGGUGCUUUUUCCAAUGCCCGUACGCUAACCGCAUCUGCCAAUCUUCAGGGCAAGGUUCUUCUGGUUCUCUACGACGGUGGUGAGCACUCCAAGCAGCAGCCUGGUCUUCUCGGUACCACCGAGAAUGAGCUUGGUAUCCGCAAGUGGCUCGAGGAUGCCGGUCACACUCUGGUGACCACCUCCGACAAGGAGGGCGAGGGCUCCACCUUCGACAAGGAGCUUGUCGAUGCUGAGGUUAUCAUCACCACUCCCUUCCACCCUGGAUACCUCACUGCCGAGCGCCUCGCCAAGGCCAAGAACCUCAAGCUGGCUGUCACCGCUGGUAUUGGUUCCGACCACGUCGACCUGAACGCCGCCAACAAGACCAACGGCGGUAUCACCGUCGCCGAGGUCACCGGCUCCAACGUCGUCUCUGUCGCCGAGCACGUCGUCAUGACCAUCCUUCUCCUGGUCCGCAACUUCGUUCCCGCCCACGAGCAGAUCAAGCGCGGUGACUGGGAUGUUGCUGCCGUUGCCAAGAACGAGUUCGACCUCGAGGGCAAGGUCGUCGGUACCGUCGCCGUCGGCCGUAUCGGUGAGCGUGUCCUGCGCCGCCUUAAGCCAUUCGACUGCAAGGAGCUCCUGUACUACGACUACCAGCCCCUGUCCGCCGAGGCGGAGAAGGAGAUCGGCUGCCGUCGCGUCGAGAACCUCGAGGAGAUGCUCGCCCAGUGUGACGUUGUCACCAUCAACUGCCCCCUGCACGAGAAGACCCGCGGUCUGUUCAACAAGGACCUCAUCUCUAAGAUGAAGCCCGGUGCUUGGCUCGUCAACACCGCCCGUGGCGCCAUCGUCGUCAAGGAGGACGUUGCCGACGCUCUCAAGUCUGGCCACCUCCGCGGAUACGGUGGUGAUGUCUGGUUCCCCCAGCCCGCUCCCAAGGAUCACCCUCUCCGCUACGCCGAGCACCCCUGGGGCGGUGGUAACGCCAUGGUCCCGCACAUGUCCGGUACCUCCAUUGACGCCCAGAUCCGCUACGCCCAGGGCACCAAGAACAUCCUGGACAGCUACUUCUCUGGUCGCGAGGACUACCGCCCUGAGGACUUGAUUGUCCACAAGGGUGACUAUGCUACCAAGGCCUACGGUCAGCGCAAGUAA